GAAGCAGUCCUGCAGUUUAAAGCAUACUGGAGGCAAGUGAACAGACUCAGAAAUAAAGAUAAAGAUGGUUCUUGCCAAGUCAUGGACUAUGGUGCGACAAUUUGAUGGUGCUCCUAAACUGGAAGACUUCAAAUUGAUAGAGAAAGAGCUACCACCUCUUAAUGAUGAAGAACUGUUGAUGGAGUCCAUGUUCUUGAGUGUUGAUCCAUACAUGAGGGUAUUCAGUAGCUCUUUGAAGGAAGGUGAUGUUAUGAUAGGAACCCAAGUUGCAAGGGUUGUGGAGAGCAAAGAUCCAGCUUUCCCAGUUGGAGGUUACUAUAUUGGACAUGCAGGAUGGACAACUCACUUCAUUUCCAAUGGUAAAGAUAUGAAAACAUUACCUGCUAAUUGGCCGGAAAAUCUGCCCAUAUCAUUAGCAGUGGGAGCAGUUGGCAUGCCCGGAUUGACAGCCUAUUUUGGUCUCUUGGAAAUCUGCAAACCAAAACCUGGGGAUGUUGUUCUGGUUAAUUGUGCGGCUGGAGCUGUUGGUUCUAUAGUUGGACAAAUUGCAAAGAUCAAGGGCUGCAAAGUGGUUGGUUCAGCUAGCGCAGAAGAAAAAGUUGCAUAUUUAAAAGAAAUUGGUUAUGAUGAAGCAUUUAACUACAAGACUGUGAGCUCUUUAGAGGAAGCUCUGAAGCAAGCAUCCCCACAAGGUUAUGAUUGCUAUUUUGAGAAUGUUGGUGGAAAGUAUGCAGACACUGCACUCCAGCAAAUGAAGGAUUUUGGAAGAAUAGCAGUAUGUGGCACCAUAUCUAUGUACAAUGAUUCAGUUCCUCAGACAGGUCCAUACAUACAGCCAUAUUUGCUCUUUAAACAACUGCGCAUGGAAGGAUUUAUAGUGUUGAGCUGGGAAGAAAAAUUUCCAGAGGCACUAAAACAGCUCUUGGAAUGGAUUGUAGAGGGCAAGCUGAAAUAUCGUGAACAUGUAACAGAAGGAUUUGAAAACAUGCCGGCAGGUUUCAUCGGGAUGCUGAAUGGAGAAAACAUUGGGAAGGCAAUAAUAAAAGUGUAGCAAACACAUUGUGUCAUGUAACCAGAACAGUCCAGCAUAGCAGAGGUUCAUUUUCUUGUAACGUUAAUUUAGGAAUUAUCUUAGAAAACAGACAAAAAUAUUUUAUGGCACUUUUUGUGAGAUGUACAUCACUAACCUCAAGGUAUUUUCAGAGCCUGAUGCCAACCUUUUAAAGCAAUAAAACUUGACAUAGUUGAUUGAACUGUAUGUCACCAAUACAAAGAUCUGAGGUCAUUAACAUAUGUAGCCUUAUAAAGAAAUAUACUUUUGUAAGUAAUAAUGCCUUGGAACAAUAAAGAAUGGAAAAUA